CAAUCAUGGCGCUGCUGAAAGUCAAAUUUGACCAGAGGAAGCGGGUCAAGUUGGCCCAAGGGCUCUGGCUCAUGAACUGGCUCUCCGUGUUGGCUGGCAUCUUCAUUUUCAGCUUGGGGCUGUUCCUGAAAAUAGAACUUCGGAAGAGGAGCGAUGUGAUGGACAAUUCAGAGAGUCAUUUUGUGCCCAAUUCCUUGAUAGGAAUAGGGGUGCUGGCCUUUGUCUUUAACUCUCUGGCUGGCAAGAUCUGCUACGAUGCCCUGGACCCUGCUAAGUAUGCCAAGUGGAAGCCCUGGCUGAAGCCAUACCUGUCCUUUUGUGUCUUCUUCAACUUCGCUCUGUUCCUGGUGGCCCUCUGCUGCUUUCUAAUGCGGGACUCCCUGGAGAGCACCCUGGCUCUCGGGCUCAGGAAUAGCAUGAAGUACUACCGGGACACAGACACCCCUGGGAAGUGCUUCAUGAAGAAGACCAUGGAUUUGCUGCAGAUGGAGUUCAAAUGCUGCGGCAAUAACGGCUUUCGGGACUGGUUUGAGGUUCAGUGGAUCAGCAACCGCUACCUGGACUUUUCCUCCAAGGAAGUCAAAGAUCGCAUCAAGAGCAAUGUGGAUGGGCGGUACCUGGUAGAUGGUGUCCCCUUCAGCUGCUGCAACCCCAGCUCACCACGGCCCUGCAUCCAGUACCAGCUCACAAACAACUCAGCGCACUACAGCUACGACCACCAGUCAGAGGAGCUCAACCUGUGGGUGGUCGGCUGCAGGGCCGCACUGCUCAGCUACUACAGCAGCCUCAUGAACUUCAUGGGUGCUGUCACGCUCCUCAUCUGGCUCUUUGAGGUGACCAUCACGAUCGGGCUGCGCUACCUGCACACGGCGCUGGAAGGUCUGUCUGACCCCGAAGACCCAGAAUGUGAGAGUGAGGGCUGGCUGCUGGAGAAGAGUGUGCUGGAGACCUGGAAGGCCUUCCUGGAGAGCUUGAAAAAGCUGGGCAAGGCUAACCAGGUGGAAGCCGAGGGCGCAGAUGCAGGCCAGAUCCCAGAGGCUGGUUGACGGCCCCUUCCCUCCUGGACACAGAGAA